CGCGGUGUCGUUCAUUAUCUGGCAUCAAACUUUGAUGUACCCUCAAGGGCUAUUGAACUCCCCAAUGGGUUCAAGUUCACAAUCACACCCUACUGCAUACACCAGGUCCUGGGGAUACCACUUGGCGGCAGAACCAUAGAGAAGAAGCAAAACCCAGCACUUAGAUCACUGAUUGCUCAACAGACAAAAUGCAAAGGAAACUACCCAACCAUAAACGAGCUGGAUAACUUGAUACAACCUAGGCUAGAUGGAGAUUCAUUCAAAAGGAUUUUCACAAUGUAUGCGCUCACCGUGCUCCUCUGCCCUUCAAGCCAUGGGGCUGCUAGUCCAGAUUACUACCACAUUCUGGAAGACCCUGAACAGAUUGGCUCAUUCGACUUCUGCACGGCUGUCCUUGACAAGCUUGUGGCGUCAAUUGAUAGCUACAAGGCUGGAGCCACAACGGUGCUCGCCGGGGAUCUCUUAACACUCACGAUCAUAUACUUUGAAUUUCUUGACACCGACAUCAUGCCGGUCACAAGCAAGCGGCCACGGAUUUCACUUUGGACGUCUGAAAUUGUAGCAGAAUAUGAAAGGCGGGACUGCACAAGCAGCGAUAAAUUGCUUUAUGGCAGGCUCCCGACAAAGCGUGUCUCGGAAACACCCUUCGGUCAAAUCAACAGACAGCCAAAAGUCACACUAGGUGCCUCGUAUGAUGAACUCCUGCAGUUCACCCUCUCAAUUGUUCCAGAGGAAAACCACCAGAUGGUUUUAGACAAGCUUCCAAAGAUUAUGCAUAGCAUGCAGAGCGAGCUUUUUGAUUCAAUGCAAAAUGUACUCGCCAAGAACUUUAUGAACCUGCUGAAACUGAUGUCGUCAAUGCAUUCUUCAUCGCCUAGCAAAAAACAAAAUAGCACAGACAAAGAUUCAAGUUGCGUGCCCAUUUCAGAGGCUCCGACGGUUCCUUGUGGUAGCCACUCCAGCUUGCAAAUGACAAGUACCACACUGGCUGAAAGAAAACAGGAUAAGCCUGAAGCAAAAACAGGGGCAGAAUGUGGCUCAGGGCAGGAAACAGAGCACGUUUUUACAGCUGAAGAAACAAAGCCAUUGUCUGAAGUACAAAGGAAGAACAACAAAGCCCCCGUACCCGUGCUCUUGAGUUUUUGAGGAUACAAGUGAUGAAGUUUUGGCGGAAUGGGACAAACAAGCAUGUGCCAAUGCCAGGGUACCCAACGUUGAAAGCCUACUUCGAAUAAUUGACACAAUACCAAUUUCGACCGACCCAGACAUGCCGCGCUGCACGGAAGCAUUGGAGGGGAUGUACCCACAGAAGGUGCAGGUUGGAGAUACCGAGGCUGAACCUACCCACACUUUUAGCUUGCUUUCUUAUGUUCUUGACGAGAAAGCAUUUUGGCACCGACCGCUGAGUCCACGAGAGCCAGAUUUAUUAACCUGCAGGGAGCUCAAUCUGUUCGAAGAAUGGAAGGUCUCUACCAAGGUUGAUGGUAGUGAAGGUCCAACCAGCAGUGACCCUAUCAGGACGACAGAGGACAUCACUAAUAGAAACAAAAGGACGACAUGCAUGUCCUUAAACGAGACGGCUGACAACUGCGUUGCUUUGAAAAAAAGGGCAAGGAUGUUUCAGAACACAGAUGAGCUGUCGAGCAACAUUCAUCAUGAGAUGCCACACACUUUAGGAACUGUAAGCGCAUCAUCACACGAGAAAGAUCAGUCAUCAAGCGACGCUAAUCUUGGUCAGAUCCAACAAACACCGGUCCAUGGCACCUCUUCAGCUACCAACAAAGACUUCCCAUGGGACGACCCUGAUAUGGUAGCGCAGUUGAUCGAGUCUACCGAUAGGAUUGAGGAAGAGUGGUUUUCACAACAAAGACAAACUCAGUAUACCACAUCAGUUACACAAGACAUCCA